CAUGCAGUCAUAGGCACUCAUUAGGCAGUGAAACACUGUUCGAAUGUGCGCAUGAAAUAAACAAACCGGGUACAACGUAAAGCUCGCUUGUAUUAGAUCUCACAGCGGAGUUAAAUUCACAAAAACCUCGCCAACAGCAAGGGAUAGAAAUAACUCGAGUGCGGGAUGCUGAGAACAGCUUUGUUUUGCUUCACAAUCAGCGCACUUUCCACAGCGCGGGCCAGGCCUUCGACAGAACGUCCGACGAACGGCGCACACUUAUGUGAAUACGACUCUAGGUUCUAUGUUUCCGGAGAGAUUUUCAAUAAAAAAUCAGCUGGAGAGGGCAAAUGUUCCGGCAUGCGUUGCGACAACGGUGUUGUAACGGCUUGGGAUGCAGUUUGCUCGACCGUGGCGCCCACAAUGCACCGGACUAUUAGACGUAAAACCACCAAACGACACCGAACAACCAUUCCACAAACGACCACACCAUUUAUCACCACAUUACCAAUUGCAACAACCCCCGUGGGAUGCAAUGUCGAUGGUAAAUUCUAUUAUCCUGGGGAAGAAAUUGAGUCGGGAGCGGACAGGAGGUCUGGGUGGUGUUACGGUUCAUUCUGCGAUGAGGAGGGAAACGUCGUCGCAUGGGACAAUUUUAACUGUUUUCCAACAACGACCCCUGAAGCUACUACAACCCCAAGCCCUCCCACCUCAUUUACUCCUGAAAGAACUACUGCUGAACCAACCUUUUCUGAACGGACUAGCACUGAACUAAAGUUCAGCCCUUCCUCAACAAGAAAUCCCCCACCAUCAAACAUUCCACCUCACACUGGUUCACCGUAUUCGACUGACCCACUUGGCUGCAAACACAACGGUAAAUUUUAUGGCCCAGGAGACGAAAUUAGUAGAGAGUCAGAUGGCCACGGGUCGUGUUUUGGUCUUUUCUGUGACCACAAAGGAAAUAUAAUUCCUUGGGAUAAUUUCGACUGUGCAGCCUCUACCCUUCCACCAACUACCCCACCGUCCACCACUACCCCGCCUCGCCUAGGUUGCCUGUACAAAGGGAAAUUAUACGCCCCAUUCGAGAUUAUCAGAAAAGGUUCAAAAGGUAAUUGGUGUGGUGCAUUGAUUUGUGAUAAAAACAGUCAGGUAACUACUUGGGAUGACGGGAGUUGUGGAUCCACCACAACUAAACUACCCACAGUUGGCACACAUCCCCCUACUGCAGCAACCGAACCUCCUUCAAAUCCGUCUACCAACAGAAGACGCACUGUAGUUCAGACUUACCCACCAAAGGCUACCACACGCCUGAUCACCAUUCCACCUUCCACAAUUCCACCAUACAUCACAUUUCCCCAUCUAGGCUGCGAGUACGAGGGGAGAUUUUAUGCCCCAGGUGAUGACAUUAGCAAAGGAUCGGAUGGCGAAGGGUGGUGUUAUGGUUUAUACUGUGACGACGAAGGAAAUGUAAUUCCAUGGGAUGAUUGGAAUUGUGGGACCACCACCCCUCCACAAACUACCCUACCAUACACUACUCCACCUCCACGCCCGGGUUGCCACUACGAAGGAAAAUUUUAUCUUCCAGGGAAGGAGAUCAGUAGAGGUUCAGAUGGGGAAGGGUGGUGUUUUGGAGAGGUUUGUGAUGAAUCUGGUCAAGUGACCACUUGGGAUGACUGGAGUUGUGGAACCACCACCCCCACAAUUAUAACCACAGCACCAACUAAAGCCCCUACAACAUCGACGACAAAUCCUCCCACACAAACAACUCAUAAAACCUCAUCAACAGAACAGAAUACGCAAUUCACAACAUCUUCGACGGUGAACACUCUACCUACAACUAGCCCUAAAGAACCAACCUCUAGAAGCACCACACCUCUUCACACCACUCCAACAUCAAUUGGCUGGUGCUACUUUAAUGGUCAAUAUUUCGUAAGGGGAGAAGUUAUUUCGCGUGUUUAUCAUACCAGGAAAUGGUGUUCGGGUUGGUAUUGUAAUGAUGGUAAAAUUGACCCCUGGAACGACUUCAAUUGUGAAAAUCCAAAUGCGCCACAAGUGUCCACCACUAGCGCCCCCCAGUGUUAUUUUAAUGGAGUGUAUUACAAUGAGGGCGAGGUGGUCCCUGGUGGUGAGGGUAGUGGCGCUUGCGAAGGCUCCUAUUGCAGUGGUGGGCAAUUGAUUCCCUUUGAAGGUGUAGACUGUGGUAGUAGUGCACAAACCAACUCAUCAACCCAAGAGUUCAAUGUUUCAUCCACGAACACUGAUUCGCUUGAAAAACAGUCUAGGGUACACACUACAAAAACCACUGAGGCACCCACAGUACCGUUUACUACAACCUCUACUGCAAGCCUUGUCGCCGCCCCCAGUCGUCAAGCUGAAGAUUCGAACACAACAGCCGCACCUAAGCUGUGCUUCCACGAAGGAAAAUAUUAUGAAGAAGGUGAUAUAAUUUCCAGAGAUUUUGACGCUGAUGAUUGGUGUUCAGGUUGGUACUGCAAAGAAGGUAGAUUGAUAUCUCUGGACUGUGACGUUACAAGUUCUGUAGUUGAAGAAGAUAGUCCCAAGCCAAUCCCACCGAAAACGCUUAGUUCCGAACCAUCUCGAUGUUUUCACGAAGGUAGAUAUUAUGAAGAAGGUGAUUUGGCUACCAUUGGGAAUGAUUGGUGUUCCGGGUUAUUAUGCCAGAGUGGUACAAUGAUUCAAUUUGAUGAAUGUCUGAUAAAGAAUUUAACCCCUAGUGAAGGAAUUAGCCCACCUACUUUAGAGUCAAACGUUUCUACUCCAACAACCGACGCAAUGGAAAAACAGACACAAUUAUCUGCCACAGAAAAAACCACUAAAGCACCUGUGUCCACUCUUACACAAACCCGCACACCUAGAGGUACCACCUUACCAAGAAGUACUGCCUUACCCACCCCAGAAACGACAAAAAGAAGCGAUACAACACCAGCACAUACCACCGAGACCCUCACGGUCACACAAGGUAAAGAUACCACUAAACCGCCAGAAAUAUCUCUUACCCAACCUUCCACCGCAAGCCCAAUAACUAGUCCCACUCCUCAAACAGAAGCCACAUCAUCAUCACCGGAGCCAAAACUGUGCUUCCACGAAGGAAAGUAUUAUGAAGAAGGUGACAUAAUUUCCCGAGAUUUUGACGGUAACGAUUGGUGCUCAGGUUGGUACUGCAAGGGAGGUCGAUUGAUAUCUUUGGAUUGCGGUGGUAUUACGGGUCCUAAAACCGAAGCGGCAUCUAGCUUGGAGCUGACUCCGCCGAUUGGUCCUGAACCUUCCCGGUGUUUUCACGAAGGUAGAUAUUAUGAAGAGGGAGAUUUGGCUACAAUUGGAAACGACUGGUGUUCUGGGUUGUUAUGCAAGGAUGGUGUAAUGAUUCAAUGGGAUGAUUGCCCGAUAAAGAAGUUGACCCCUAGUACAGAAGUUAACCAACCUACCCAAGAGUCAAUUGUUUCUGUCACAAUCACUGACUCAAUGGAAAAACAAACCAAAUUAUCUACUACAGAAACCACUAAAUCUACAGAACUCCCAAAAACAACUAAACCCACAGAGGAAAGGACCACAACAACGCUCCCUGAUCCCACAACGACCCCUAAAGCCCCCACGAAACCACAAAAAACCACGGCUGGACAACCCAUACGAACAACUAAACCUGAGAAACAGAAAUGUUAUUACAAGGGUAAACUUUACUCCCCAGGAGAAGUAACUCGAGGGGCUUUGAGAGACGGUCGGUGUUACGGGGUGAUUUGUGACAUCUCGGGGAUAAUUGUUCAAUGGGUGACUCAUACGUGUGCACCGACUGAGGCACCGACGGCCGAGAUAACAGCUUCAUUACCCGGGUGUGUUCAUCGCGAUAAGUACUAUCCCCCGGGGAGAAUAAGCCGUAUAUCGGAUGGCAGUAAGUGGUGUAUGGAUGUCAUGUGCACAGAGGAAGGUAAAAUCGUCUCGCGCAGUGUUAACUGUGACCAAUCAACUACUACGUUUACGACACCUUCGCCUACGAAAACCUCAGCUUCUGAUCCUAAUGAAGUUAAAUGUCUUUACAAUGGUGCGUUCCAUUUCCCCGGCGUCAUCGAAGAGGGGAUCGACAAAAACCAAUGGUGUUACAAAGUUGUUUGCCAAGACAACGGUCAGUUGUAUUUGUGGGGCGAUUGGAACUGCAAGUUUACAUUUCGUUCUACCACCACAUCCCCCCCUGACACGACCACCCCAGGGCCUGCAGUAUGCACUUACAACGGAAAACCUUACCCGGUGGGGGAAAUUACCCGUGGAGAAAACAAGUCAGGAUGGUGUUUUGGCGUGACGUGUAGACCUGAUGGACAAGUCGUAUUGUGGGGCAGCUUUAAAUGUGGGAAGAUCUGACGAUUAAAUCUGACAUUGAGCAAGUAGACAAAGAUUUGAUUUCAAACUAUAUGCGACAGAUAUUAAUAUCUAAUUUAUUGAUGUGUGUAUAAAAUGCUGAUGCAAUAUGCAAUAACGAGCUUUGCAGAAAAGUAUAUAUUAAGUUUAUCUAGUUAAG